CAACAACGACCUAGUCAACAAAACCUUUGCCACAUCGACUCGCAAACAAGAAUACCCUUCCUUUCCAAUCCCUAAUAAACCGUCACUGGGCUUGUGAGAGCCCUAACCGCCAAGACGUUUUCCAACCUUCUCUCCUCCGUCCACAACCCAUUCGCCGGCCGACGUACUUCUCCUUCAGGGGCAGCGUCGGAUUUAGAUUUCCGCAGAUAAGUUCGUUGAGCAGACAAGCCAAUAAGAACACUUCAAACGAACAAUAUGGCACCUCACGCUGAAGAACGUGUCGGCCAUGCGGAUGGGUACAAUGUACAGACGGCACCAGUCAAGGAUCUCUUUGUCGUCAACUCUCCGAAUGUCGAAUACACCGAGGACACCAUCAAGACCAAGUACACUUACCGCACUACCGACAUUACUCAGAACGCGGACGGCAAGUAUGUCGCUGUGCCCAAGGAGACUCUCUAUGACUUCAAGGUCGACCGCAAGGUUCCCAAAGUCGGUUUGCUACUCGUAGGACUUGGUGGUAACAACGGUACCACUGUCACUGCCGGUAUCAUUGCCAACAAGCGCAACCUCGUUUGGGAGACGAAGCAGGGAAAGCGCGCUGCUAAUUACUAUGGUUCGGUCAUCAUGAGCUCUACGACCAAGCUCGGCGUGGACAGCAAGACUGGCAAGGAGAUUCAUAUCCCUUUCCAUGAUCUUCUGCCGAUGGUCCAUCCCAACGAUCUCAUCAUUGGUGGCUGGGACAUCAGCGGCAUGAACUUGGCAGACGCCAUGGACCGUGCCAAGGUACUUUCGCCUUCACUGAAGAUGCUGGUUCGUAAGGAGAUGGCUGCCAUGAAUCCUCUCCCCAGUAUCUACUAUCCCGACUUCAUUGCUGCCAACCAAGAGGACCGUGCCGACAACAUCCUGGAGGGCAGCAAGGCCUCCAUGGCUCACGUUGAACAGAUUCGCAAGGACAUUCGUGACUUCAAGGCCACGAAUGGCCUUGACAAGGUCAUUGUACAGUGGACUGCCAACACGGAGCGUUACGCCGACAUUCUGGAGGGUGUCAACGACACCGCUGACAACCUCAUGAAGGCUAUCGAAACUGGUCACGAAGAGGUCUCUCCUUCCACUGUCUUCGCUGUUGCCUCUAUUCUCGAGGGUGCUCCUUUCAUCAACGGAUCUCCCCAGAACACUUUCGUUCCUGGUGCUGUCCAGCUUGCGGAGAAGCACGGCGCCUUCAUCGGUGGUGACGACUUCAAGUCUGGCCAGACCAAGAUGAAGUCGGCCCUUGUCGACUUCAUGAUCAACGCGGGUAUCAAGCUCACCUCCAUUGCGAGUUACAACCAUCUCGGCAACAACGACGGUAUGAACCUCAGCUCCCAGAAGCAAUUUCGCUCCAAGGAGAUAUCCAAGUCCAACGUUGUCGAUGAUAUGGUUGCUGCCAACAAUGUUCUGUACAAGGACGGUGAACACCCAGACCACUGCGUUGUCAUCAAGUAUAUGCCAGCUGUGGGCGAUGAUAAGCGCGCUCUCGAUGAGUACUACGCGGAAAUCUUCCUGGACGGCCACCAGACCAUCAGUCUGUUCAACGUCUGUGAAGAUUCCCUCCUCGCUUCGCCUCUGAUCAUUGACUUGGUGCUUGUCACUGAGAUCAUGACCCGUGUCCAGUGGAAGACCCGCAGCGCCGGUGGCAGUGCCGCUGGCUACGCUGGCUUCCACAGUGUGCUCAGCAUCCUCAGCUACAUGCUCAAGGCUCCUCUCACACCUUCUGGCACUCCCGUCGUCAAUGCUCUUGCCAAGCAGCGCGCUGCUCUCACCAACAUCUUCCGCGCCUGCGUCGGUCUCGAGCCAGAGAACGACAUGAAUCUUGAGCACAAGCUGUUCUGAUUUUCUGCCCUAUGACAGUCAAUGAUGCGGGCGCCCAGGAAGUCACGGUCUGGUUGAUGCACUAAUUUGGUUUCAGUCAUGAUUUGUCCAACUCUACACACUCCUUAUGUAUCAAGUCAACAAUAAAGACUCUUCGGUCAGCAUGGUGCCAUAUUGCGUUCUUCCAUGAUGCUUUUCUGUUUUACCUAUCAUUCUAC